AUGAUUUCACCAUCAAAUUCAACAAAUUCUCGACAAACUUUUAUAAUUGUUGAGUCGGAAAAAGAGGAUAUUAGCAAACGAUUAUCUCAAUCUACAGUGCCACAUGAAAAUAUUAUAAACGACUCAAAUUUAAACUCAGAAGUUAUGCCUACAUUGCCAUCGCAACUCGUUCAAAAUUUUAUUCAAUUUAUGAACAACUCGAAUUCGGUCAUUGAAACUAUAACAACGGAGAUAGUGGAAGAAUUAGUGACGUUAUUUAUAAAGAUAUUGAAUGAAGGAAAGUCUCAUCCACAACGUUGUUCAAUCCUAAACGAUUACUUAGAAUCACAUGGUCUCACCCUUGAAGAAAUUCAUAUAUGGUUAGCUAAUAAAGAUUUCACAAAUGAAGAAACAAAUUCUGCUCAUAAUGGCUUUAAAUUGGCUAAAAAAGGUUAG